GUUGGUCGGUCGUAUGCAAGUUUACGUUUCUAUUCUGAUGCUAAAUUCCUGUCAUGGCUGAACUGCUCUCACGUGAAAAAGAACUCUUUAAGCUCAAUCAGGAGCUCAACUUUAUGGCCGACAAUCCAUUGGAGGCUUCUGCCACCUAUCCAAUGGUUAAGACUGGCGGCGGCAGUGUUGACAAGACGGCGACAAUCGUGUUGCAAGAGCCGCGUUACGGCACCUUUCACAAGCAGAAGGGACCGAGCACCCUACUUAAAAGGAAGGGUGUGGGUGAGACGCAAGGAGGCAAACCGAACACAACAGAUCCAGUCGCCGAUCGCACAUUUAUGCGCUGGACACAGAAGCAGAGGGCAACGUUGCCAACUCGCCUAACCGCAUCGCCCACCAAGAAAAUGGCAACAACUGCCGGAAGACCAGUGUCGACUUCGGUAUUGGCUAACUCGGGAAAUGCAGCGCCUGCACCGCUUCCAGUAACUAAGACGAAGAUCCUGAGCAGUAAUGGGGCCAACCCAACGGCCCAAAACGAGAGCAAGUAUAGCACAUACACGCGUGGCCAGGUAAGUAAGACAGCCACGUAUGUGAAGUUCCGAAAUCCGAAGUUUACCGAGAGUCGCUCUUUGGAGGACAUUAUACGCAAUGCGGAUGAGUCGCAGGUGGUCGAAGUGGAGAUUACGCAGCAGCGUGAGAGCACAACCGUGGUUAAUGGCAAUGCCAAAAAGCAGCUUACACAGGAUAACUUUAUCAAAUUUCUCAAAGCAAAGGUAGCUAUACUCGAGGAGGAUCAUGCUAGAAUCAGCCAGAGCAUGGCCGAGCACAAGGAACGACUCGAACAGGCCGUGGAGGCGCAACGACGCGCCGAUAGCCAGCGAGAUCACGCUCUCAAUUCGAACAAACAGUUGUCGGAACAGCUUCGCCGGGCAGAACAGCAAACCGAGGACGCGAAUCGACGUCACAAGGAAGGGCAGAUUGAGUCCUCCAAUCAGCAGCGUGAAUUCGAGCAAAUUAAACGUGAAGUGCGCCUUUUGAAGCAAACGAAUACCAAUCUGGAGAAUCGUUUGGCGAGCGCCCAGGAGGAGAUGGAGGGCCUACGUCAGACAAUGAGCAAGCUGCGUGGCGAACAGCGCGAGGAAAAGGAGAAGACGCGCAACGAGCUGGAUAUAAAAGAAAAGCGUAUCAAGGCGUUGAAGAGGCAACGGGCAGAUCUCCUCAAUGCUUACAAGAAGCAACUCUAUCUAAUAGACAAUUUGAAGAGGCAGACCACUUGUUUAGAGCAAUCUGUGGGCAUUGGUUUCGGGGAGAAGGAAUUCAAUAAGGUGCUCGACUGGAACACCAAAGCAUGAAAAUUAUAAUCAUGAGACACACACCCCCACACACAUGUGCAGAUUUUUACUUUUGGAUAUAAUGACCUUAUUGUAAUUAAAUUUUAGUUGAUUUUAAGACAAAU